AUGAUUGUCGUGGGCCGCCCGAAGAAUGAUACCCCCUCCGCCACAGCGGUGGAACGGUUGAUUGAUUCUCCUUUGACCGUGAUUCUAUUUGGGCUCAUUGAGAGGGGAGAUGCUCGCCGCGCGGAGCAACUGUUCCUCACCCAUUUAUUAACGCAUUCUCAGUCAAACGGUGGUGAUGGGGCGGUCCCACAAAUAGCAGCGGCACGCGCUAUCACGCUUUGGGGUGCUUUAGAAAGUGCAUUGCAGGGAGGAGCCUCGGUCCCGAACCGGAACAUGUCAUCCUUGCGUCAAUUGUGGGCGGAAAGACAUCCGGAACCUGCUCCCGUGCGUCUGCCACCUGCGAGUGCAACCGUUUCAGAUCCUGAUACCAAGUACGUGGAUGAAACUAGUAAUCUAGCUAAAGAGCUUCGCGAGGUUGUUUCCUUACAAGACUUCACGCCUUCUUUCACGAGAAUACCACCGCCGUUCCUUCCCCUUGAUGCCCAAUGCAAAGAGCUGAGAUGGAUUGACCCUGAGCCGCUUCACGAAAUCUUGUGGGACCCAGAUAUGGGAAUAAGUGGCGAGCGAGGGAGCGAGGUAAGGGAGCUCAUUGAGAAGGCUUGUAAAUCCCCGCUCCCCGAAGCCGAACAACAGAAGCUUUUGGCCCAAUUGGAGGAAGACCCCAAACUCGUCCAUUUGUGUGGAAUGACACCUCAAAAGUUACCGGACCUUGUACAAAAUAACUCCGUCCUUGCUACAGAGUUAUUGCUGAAGUUAGUUUCAUCACAGCAGAUGCCGCAAUAUUAUUCAGCACUUACCAAUAUGGACGUGACUGUACAUUCAAUGAAGGUAGUUGAAGGCCUGACGAAUUCUGUACAGCUGCCAACAGACUUUUUGAACACUUACAUCAGUCACUGUAUACGCUCUUGCGAAAGUAUCCCUGAGAAUGAGAAGUAUGGACGAAAUCAUAUGGUACGCUUUGUUUGUCUGUUCUUGAAAAGUCUGAUGAGAAACAACAUCAUUGAUGUGCAAGACUUGUUCGUUGAGAUACAGGACUUCUGUAUUGGACAUAGUAGAAUUCGAGAAGUGGCUGAUCUGUUUAGAUCGCUCAAGAUGCACAGUGUCCAGCAAUAG